AUGGAAAAGGGUUCUGCCAACGGCGCCUCUGCCCAGAAUGGCACCUCCGCGGUCACUGCCGGCACGGGGAUCGCGUUCCCGCACCCCAAGGACGCGACCAAGGUCCCCGUCUCAAGGGCCAAGAUCCAAGCCACGCCUACGUUUUGCGCCGGGGACAAGGUGGACGUGACGGAGGUGAACAACUACCUCCAGCACUACGGCUACAUGCCGUCGUCGUCGUCGUCGUCGUCCACCGCCACAGCCUCGGCGGCGGCGGCAGCAGCAGAGGACGCUGCUGCUGCUGCUGCUGCUGCUGCUGCUGCUGAAAAAGAAGUAGUGCCGGCAGCAGAAGACGCUGCUGCUGCCGCUGCUGCCGCUGAAAAAGAAGUAGUAGCAGCAGCAGCAGGCGAGGACACGGCGACGGCGCUGCGCGCGUUCCAAGAGUUCUUCAAGCUGAAAGUCGACGGCGUGUUCGGACCGGAGACGCGCCAGGCCAUGUCCGAGGAGCGGUGCGGGUUCCCGGACCUGACGCAGUCGGUCGACUUCACGGUGCUGGGCCCGUGGAAGGACCGCAACAUCCGCUACGCGUUCGGCGCGCAGUCGUCGCAGCUGGGCGCCGAGGCGUGCAAGGCGGCGAUCCGGCGCGCGCUCAAGACGUGGGCGGACGCGGGCGCCGGGCUGACCUUUUCCGAGGUCGCCGGCGACCAGAGCCCCGAGGUCUUCGUCGAGUUCCGCCCGGCCAACGACCCGGACCACUCCAUGGUCGGCGGCGUGCUGGCCCAUGCCGACUUCCCGCCGGGGUACUCGGUCAUCGUCAAGGGCCUGCCCCUGCCGGUGCACUACGACGACCAGGAGCACAAGUGGGUGGACGGCGCCGUCGCGGGCGCCUUCGACAUCGAGACGGUCGGGCUGCACGAGUUUGGGCACAUCCUCGGGCUCGCGCACUCGGGCGUCGCGGGCGCCGUCAUGUAUCCGUCGGUGUCUCCGAAUCUCACGAAGCGGUCGCUGACAGAGGAUGAUCGGCUCGCGAUUCGUAACCUUUACCCGGCGUGGCGCUUCCUCGGUGGUCUCUAUUACGGCAUACCCGCCGUCGUCUCCUGGGCGCCUGGGAGAACCGACGUCUUCGUGCGCGGCACCAACAACGCCGUGUACCACAAGUGGCAGACCGGCGGCGGCGGCUCUGCCUGGAACCCCAGCGAGACGGAGUACGAGAACCUGGGGGGCACCGUCUACGGGGACGUGACGGCGGUGUCGUGGGGGCCGAACCGCAUCGACCUGUUCGCGCUGGGCACCGACAACGCCUGCUGGCACAAGUGGUGGGACGGCAGCGCCUGGGGGGGCUGGGAGUCGCUGGGCGGCGGCAUCAUCGGGGACAUAUGCGCCGUCUCGUGGGGCGCGAACCGCCUCGACCUGUUUGUGCGCGGCAUGAACAACUCGGUCUACCACAAGGCGUGGAACGGCAGCGCCUGGAUGCCCAGCGUCACGGGCUGGACCAACCUAGGCGGCGUCAUCGUCGGCAGCCCCAAGGCCGUAUGCUGGGGGCCGAACCGCAUCGAUGUCCUCGUCCGCGGCACCAACAACGGCGUCUACCAGAAGACGUGGAACGGCAACGCCUGGCUGCCCUCGGUGCUCGGCUGGCAGAACCUGGGCGGCACCGUCAUGGACGACGUGACGCCCGUGUCCGGCGCCCCGAAUCACCUCGACCUGUUCGUGCGCGGCACAAACAACGCCGUGUACCAGAAGAGCUGGAACGGCAGCGCCUGGGUGCCCAGCGAGGGGGGUUGGACCAGCCUCGGCGGUGUCGUCAUGUCACGGCCCUCGGCGGCGGCCUGGGGCGGCAGCAGGAUCACGCUCGCCGCCCAGGGAACCAACAACUCCGUGUACGUCAAGGAGUUCAACGGCACGGCCUGGAACGAUUGGAACUCCAUCGGCGGUGUCGUCACCGACGCGCCCGUCGUGCACCCCCGGGGUGGGGAGCGCGCCGCCGUGUUCGCGCGGGGCACCAACGCCUCGCUGUAUGCGUACGACUAA